AUGUCAGUCACCGAAAGAUCAUUCAUUGCCAUCAAGCCAGACGGUGUUGCCCGUAAUUUGGUCGGAGAGAUCAUCGCCCGUUUCGAGCGUAAGGGAUUCGUCCUCGUCGGUCUCAAGCAAAUCGUUCCAACCGCCGAUUUGGCCAAGUCUCACUAUGCUGAGCACGCCGAAAGACCAUUCUUCGGUGGUCUCGUCUCCUUCAUCACCUCUGGUCCAGUCGUUGCUAUGGUCUGGGAAGGUAAGGGUGUCAUCGCUGCCGCCCGUGCCCUCAUCGGUGCCACCAACCCAUUGGCCUCCGCCCCAGGUACCAUUCGUGGUGAUUUGGCCAUCGAUGUCGGAAGAAACAUCAUCCACGGUUCAGACUCUGUCGACUCUGCCAAGCGUGAAAUCGCCCUCUGGUUCGCCGAAACCGAGUUGCUCGCCACCGCCACCCCAAACCCACACAUCUACGAACCAAGAAAUUAA